AUGGCGGCUCCACCCCCAGCUUCUCUCACCGAUGCGGUGGUUGCUGCAAUGCGGACGCUGUUCCCUGAAGAACUGGCAGAUAGUGCAUGGGACAACACAGGAUUACUACUAGGACAAGCGCCUCCGUCCUCAUCCUCGUCUAAAGCUGAGAACGAGACGGGAAACACCGUUCUCCUCACCAACGACUUGACGGCCGCGGUGGUGGAUGAAGCACUGGCGGAAGGGGCCAAGAUGAUUGUUUGCUAUCACCCCGUGAUCUUUAGGCCUCUAAAAUCUCUUACUACCAAAGACCCAAUGCAGACGCUCCUCCUGCGCCUAGUCGCUGAGAGAAUCUCCGUCUAUUGCCCGCACACAGCCAUGGAUGCUGCGAGCGGCGGACUAAACGAUUGGCUCUGCGACAUCAUACUAGCCGGCGAGCGGCAGGCGAAGCGCACCGUCGUGCAGCCCAUCUCCCGGCCCCUUCCGGACGGACACCAGUACACCGGCUACGGACGCACGGUCGAGCUGACCCAGCCCGUCACUUUACAGACGCUGCUAAAGCGGGUAUCCGCUGGCGUAGGCAACCAGCGAUACAUGAUGGUCGCGCUGCCGCCGGCGCUGAAGGACCUCGGCAAGACGCAGGAGAUCUCCAAGGUAGCCGUCUGCGCGGGCUCGGGGGCAGACAUACUCAAAGACACGGACGCGCAGGUGCUGGUGACGGGGGAGAUGGCGCACCACUAUGCGCUGCGGCACACGCAGCUCGGCCAGAUCGUCGUCACCGUCUUCCACAGCAACUCGGAGCGGAAGUAUCUGGAGGCGAGAUUGAAGCCCAUGUUGGAGGUUGAGCUGGAGACGACAGCAUAUGGGAAUACUCGGGUGGUUGUGAGCAAGGCCGAUCGUGAUCCGUAUGAAGUAAUCGAUGUUAGAGACCUAGCUUAA